GCGGUUACGCACGCGAGUUCUUGCGCACAGCUGCGACGGGGACCAAAGUUGCCAUCGGCCAGCUGGUUGCUUGGGGCAACUGAUAGACCCGGCCCAGCACUGGAAAAGCUGCUUAGCAUUCGCUAUUCUAUAAAAUAAUUUCGAAGACGAACUACCCCUUCUUCUUUUAGCGUAGGAUUGGGUGUCCGUGACCUGAUUAGUGGCACGUGCCUAUAAACUAGCCAAUGGCAACAGAAUACAGGGCAAACACGCACAAGCAAAACGAGGCAGCACAACGAAGCUGAAGCACUUUAGGGGGCGCUGUCUCCAAAACUCCGGGGAGCGUAUCAGCAACAAUACUGUUCUUUCCACUUUUUCUGUUGUGGAAAGACGCUCUAGCCUGUGCAUCAUCUCUAUGAUGAAUGUGCAAGUUCGAGUUGGACGUCACUUUCAGUGAAGGAGAAGCAUUGAGCUCUAUAGCACUGUGGAUUCCACCUCCACCACAGGGAAGUGAAAGGGUUUUGCUGUUGUUUCACGAUCUUUGUCGCUGGCAAUGGCCUCCUCCGGCAAGUGGGACAAUGAGGCGAGUCGGGUGUCACUGGAAGACUUCCGUCAGUAUCAUGAGACUGAUAAACAAUGGGCCGGCCGCAGGCAAUUCGUGGCGAGGCACCUCCAUCUGUACCCGGGGCCCAAGACUGAUCAGCUGAUCGCCCUGUCUGUGGUGUGGAGCAACAUCGUGUUCAUUGGCAAUCGUUAUGGAGAGAAACUUACAGAGAAAGUUCACAAGAUGGCAGAAGGAAUUGAUAUUGGAGAGAUGCCAUCCUUUGAGCUUGUUCCUGGUGCCAAAAAAACAUCAGGAGGUGCAGAUAAUGGUGAGCAACCUCCGAAAAAGUUUGCUUCACGUUUUGGGCCACGUCCAAGGUUUGAACCUGUUCGUUUUGUAGUCAGUAGUACCCAAGAGGACAGUUUUCAAGAAAGUAUUAAUGGUUCGGACAGUCAGAAGCAAGACCAGCAAGGUGACAGUUUACCUCCAGACGUUUGUACUACUACAAGUGAUACUUCUGAUCAGGAAUAUUGUUCAGAAAUGGACUCAUUUCAUUCAGAUGCAAUGGAGGAUGAAGGCAGACAUGAUUCUGGAAAUUUUAUGUCUAAAAUAGAGCAAAACUAUUCAGCCAAAUUUAAUUCUCACUAUUCAACAAUGUCAAAAGAAUUUUGCAGUAACGUACUUGAUAUGUGGAAAGGAGUGAACAGGCAGGGAAGGAAGGGCAUUGGUUUUGUAAAACCUCCCAAAAUGUCUGACAAACUCGGCAAGGAAUUCGGAAGAAGUACUUUAUCAGGACGCACACUACACAGCCUGGAUAAAGCAGCCUUUAUCAAGCAGCUUUCUGCUACAAUUCUACAAAAAAUGUCAAGCCCAAAACAAGUUGAUCCAGAGAGAAUGAAUUACACGUUUAUGUUAUCGUGCUGUACUCAGCCAUUUAAAACAAACCCAGAGUAUAUUUAUGUCCCUCUGAAAGAGAUCUCGCCACUCGAACUCCCAAAAUACACACAACUUCCAGUCUAUGGCUUUGCUUGUGAAGUGAGGUGUCAAGAUAUUUACUUGGCCACUGGAUACUCUGGCAGUAAAAAUGGUGCCCGGGAACGAGCUGCUGAGCAGGCUGUGCAGCUAUUACAGAGGUCUAUAGAAGUCAGAAAGAUGAACCGAAGAUUUGGACAAACAUUUCGUGAGGAAUGGGUGGCUUGCCCAAUCGACAUGCCUGAGAAGGGAUUACCACCUGCCCUUAAGCAAGAAGAUAGUAGCAACUGUGAAAUGUCACCAUGUGGACAACAAUCUGCUGACCCUGCAAAAGUAUCUUUACCUGCCAAGCAAUGGACUGACUUUAUUCUGACUGAAAAUGCCUGUGAUGCUAUAGGUAUUCUAAACAAUUCUGCUGAUGUUAACAAAAUGACAGUUGAAUAUAAAUACACCAUGAUGUCCAACACUAUGUGGAAAUGUAGCAUUUUUGUGCAAGAUCACUGUCUAGCAGAAGCAUACGGCAAUAAGAAGAGUAGUAAACACGAAGCUGCCAAGGAGGCUGUUAGAAUUUUGAAAACUUUCCAGCCUAAGCUACAAAAAACUUGUGAAAUAAAAGAUUAUGUUCAGGCCACCAACAAUGGCCCUAUAAAAGAGCUGAAAGACAUCGUAGUGUAUGCAAAAUCUACUAAUCCUGUCUGUACGCUGAAUGACACAGCUCAGUUCAAUAAUGUAACCGUAGACUACGUCUUUGAGAGGCUGACAGGUGAUAAGUGGAAGUGCAAAGUUCUCAUGGACAGCCAGUUUCUAGCUGAGGCAGUGGGAAUUAAGAAAUCAUUAAAGCAUGAUGUUGCUGAGGCCGCUGUACGUGUCCUCAAACAAACACAGCCUGUGGUGGUUAAUAACCUGAAUAAAGGGACUGCUGAAGAUGCCAUUUCUAGAAAUCAGAUCAGUGGAUGGUCAAAGGAAGAAUCGUUCAAACAAAAAAUCAAAGAAGAUAAUAUUGGAAACCAACUCCUAAGGAAGAUGGGAUGGAAAGGUGGGGGGUUGGGAAAAGAAGGAGGGGGAAUAUCGGAACCCAUAUCUGUUAAGGAGCAGUUUAGUCGAGAAGGGCUUGGUCUUACUUCAAACAAAAUUAAUAAGAGAGACAUUGAGAAGAUCAUCAGAAACUAUGCUAAUUCCUAUAAUCAGGAUGAUCUUACUUUUGCUAAAGAACUUUCCAAUGAGGAACGCAAGAACAUACACCAGAUUUCUCAAAAGUAUGGCCUCAGGAGCAAGUCUCACGGACAGGGCACUGAACGCUUCUUAGUAGUCAGCAGGAAGAGAAGUAAACAGGAUCUCAUACACCAGCUUAGACAAGAAGGGCAGGUGGGAUCAUAUGCACUUCUAAUGCCCCAGCAAUGAGCUGUCUACUUGCCCUUCAUCAGCAUAGGUCUCAAUUGGUUUUGUUUUGCUGAAAGUAUUUGUUCAUUGGCUGUUCAGUAUUUAAAAGUAGGAUUUCCUCUAUUGUAAAAUAUUAUACAUGCAGGCAGAGUGUAAAUGCGUGGGCCUUUAAAAAAAAAAAAAAGGAAUUGGAAAAUUGCUUCAGGUGCAUUUCUAAGAACUUACAUUUUUUUUUUUUAAGUUU